AUGUCGGAAACUACAGCAGCUUCGAUUGAGAUCAACGACGCCCUGUUUUGCCCUCACUUCAAGGAAGUGUGUGCCGAGUGCAGCUUUGAUGGCAGGGAGGAGAAUGAUACUUUUUUUGGGUUCGACCCCAUCGACCGUGAAGGCAUCGAGGCUCCUGCUUCCAGCGUCAACAAGGAGGGCCAGUACCAGUGCAAGAAGCAUGGUUCUGCAGCUUGUAACCAGUGUUAUGGAUGGAAGAAGCAGAUCACACGCGCCAGAACCGCUGCGAAGAAGGCAGGCAAGAAGUAG